AUGGUCAUCAUAAUACUGUCUCUUCAGUAUGCUUCUCUCCUGAAGUGUAUUACAUUAGCAUCUGGUAGUGCAGAUAAAUCUAUACGUUUAUGGAAUAUUAUUACAGGACAAUAAAUAUAGAUUUUGAAUAGUGAAAGUAGUACUAUUUUUUCAGUACACUUCUCUACUGAUGGUUCAACAUUAGCAUCUGGCAGUAUGGAUAAUUCAAUUAAUUUAUGGGAUGUUAAUACAGGAAAAUAAAAAGUGAAAUUGGAUGAAAACUAUAAUUGCAUUAGUGCAGUUUGCUUUUCUUCUGAUUGUAGUAUAUUAGCUUGUGGUAGUGUAGAUAAGUCAAUCAGUUUAUGGGAUUUCAAAAUAGGAAAAGAAAUUAUAUGCUCUGAUAAAAGUUAUCAAGAAAUUUUACUAUAAUUUAAACACCUCUUUUUUUAAAUAAUCCAUAAUCAGAAAUCAGUAAAUUUUUAAUAUUAUUUAGUCAAUACCAACUUCGUUGUUCUUCUUAUAUCUCAAUAGCCAAUACUUUAAGCAUCAUGUGCUUUAAUCUUGA